CCCCAGGUACAGGCCGUCUCCCUCCCGACGCCCCACCAUGGGCAAUGCCUCCAAUGACUCCCGGCCCGGGGACUGCGAGGCUCGGCAGUGGCUCCCCGCGGGCGAAAGCCCGGCCAUCAGCUCCGCGAUGUUCUCGGCCGGGGUGCUGGGCAACCUCAUCGCGCUGGCGCUGCUGGCGCGCCGCUGGCGGGGGGACGCGGGCCGCGGCGCUGGCCGCGGGAACUCCGUCUCCUUGUUCCACGUACUGGUGACCGAGCUGGUGUUCACCGACCUGCUGGGGACCUGCCUCAUCAGCCCCGUGGUGCUGGCUUCGUACGCGCGGAACCAGACCCUGGUGGCCCUGGCGCCCGAGAGCCGCGCGUGCACCUACUUCGCCUUCGCCAUGACCUUCUUCAGCCUGGCCACGAUGCUCAUGCUCUUCGCCAUGGCCCUGGAGCGCUACCUCUCCAUCGGGCACCCCUACCUGUACCAGCGCCGCGCCACGCGCCGCGGCGGCCUGGCCGUGCUGCCCGCCGUCUACGCCGCCUCCCUGCUCCUCUGCUCCCUGCCGCUGCUGGACCGCAGGCAGUACGUCCAGUACUGCCCAGGGACGUGGUGCUUCCUCCGGCACGGGCGGACCGCGUACCUGCAGCUGUACGCCACCCUGCUGCUGCUCCUCAUCGUCGCCGUGCUCGCCUGCAACCUCAGUGUCAUCCUCCACCUCGUCCGCAUGCACCGCCGGGCCCGGAGGAGCCGCUGCGGACCCUCCUUGGGCAGCGGCCCGGGCGGCCCCGGGCCCCGCAGGAGAGGGGAGAGGGCGUCCAUGGCGGAGGAGGUGGACCACCUCAUUCUCCUGGCUGUUAUGACCAUCACCUUCGUCGUCUGCUCCUUGCCUUUCACGAUUUUCGCGUAUAUGGAUGAAACCUUUUCCCGAAGAGAAAAGUGGGACCUCCAAGCUCUUAGGUUUUUAGCAAUUAAUUCAAUUAUCGACCCUUGGGUCUUUGCCAUCCUUAGGCCUCCUGUGCUGAGACUAAUGCGUUCAGUCCUCUGUUGUCGGGUUUCAUUGAGAACACAAGAGGCAGCGCAGACUUCCUGUUCCACAGAGUCUUAAUGCCAGUAAACAGCCUGACCUUUGUGGACAGUAGCGAAGAAGUGCUUAGUUAGCCAGCAUCUGGAAGAUCAUUUUGAAAUGGUUCCCUGGAGAAAUCAAAAAUGUUAGUUUAUAAACAAAAUGAAGCUACCCUAAUAAAACAGAGUAAACAAAUAUUUCAACAGUGGUUUGGGCUACAGAUGUGCUGACAAGUCACUUCGUGGAAGGUGUCAGAGGAUCUAUAAAACCUACCCUCAAUGAGCAUGUUAUACAGCCUUUAGAGGAACAACUUACUGCAUUUACGAUCCAGUUGCCUUUUGAGUUAAGCUUUCCCGUUGAAGGAGAAAGCAUGUGGUUUUGUAAUUUGCUUAAAACCUUAAAUACUUACUGUGUUUUCUAUUUUAAUCUUCUAUGCUACUACCAUAUUAAAUAUACAGUGUACAGUC